GCUGUGCACACCGGAGGCUACUGCGGUAAGAUGCGGCGGCGCACGAUGCCGAGCCGCGGCGGAUGAGAUGAUGCGCAAUGGCUGAACGAGUCGGGAGGAGAGAGAGAAAAAAAAGAGGCUGUGGUCUGAUUUAAACGAUGGGACAGGACUGAAUGGAUGUUCGAGCGAUUUGUAACGUUUGUGGUGCAGGCCGAGUAGAAAGAUGAGGCGGCGCUGAUUCCACUUUAGGAUGCUCCAGAGCCCGAGAGGAGGGAGAAUAGGCUUCGUCUGUAAACAAUAAGGAAGCAGAGGGGCAUUAAGUAAAGGACACUUAAUCCAGAGCCUGGACCUGAGACCCCGGGGCUUCGAAAAAGGUUGCUCUGUGACAGCUGAGUCAGUCCUCUGUGAGGAGAGGCCAGUGAACGGGGAGGGCGGCGAAGCUCUGGAGACAGCGUCACUGAGCGUCAGCCUGGAAGAAAACAAACUUCUCAUUUCCCUUGCUCUCAUCAGCACUGACAGCUGGACAUCACACCUGCAUGUUUCUCUUCUUCGUCAGGAGACUGUCUAAGUUGAGGAGUGAUAGGUGCAAACAAUCGCAGGUCGCCCGUCAGAAAAACAGCUGAUUCUGUCUUCAGAUGCAGUCAGAAUGAUUUGCUAAGAUAUGAGAUUACAAGGAGAUUCAUCUCCCUCCGGCCAUGUUAGGAAAACAUCGUCUUCGGUACCACUGUCAGAAUUAAUCAGUAAGAAAUUUGUUUCAGCUGUUUCAUAGUGCCCAGUGAUUUUUUUUUAGUUUUUUUUUCUAAAUGAUGAUCUUUUUACCUUUGAGCUGUCAGGCUGUGAAUCAAGAAUAGAUUCUUGAUUGUGGCAGUGCUCCCUCUCACAAAUGAGAAUUCAACUUGAGCUGACAGGCUGCAUUUUAAUAAAGGAUAAGUAAAAACCAACCAAUAAAACAUAGAUGAGGCCCACAACAAGCACUAUGCUCCAGCAGAAUAACAACAACAACUACCCGUGCCUGAGCAUGUCAGGCUCUAGCCGGGAGAUGCUCCAGAAAUGCUCCAGAGCCUCUCUGCCCUUCCCCAGCCGACUGGAGCUGGGACUGGCAGAUCUGCCGCUCAUUCGGGGUCUCCGAGCCUGGGCCCUGUGUUCCAGGAAUCGCCACAAGACUGCUAAUCUGCUGGGAGGAGGACAAGCACCCACAGCUCCUCCUGCAGGUCGAGGAGGUUCAGCAUCAUGCCCCAGGCCUGCAGAUGUUUGCCUGAGUGGCGAGUGGGGUCGCAUGGGAUAUGGGCUUCCGCUGGGGGUGGACAGUAGGCAGGCUGGAAUCGGAGCUUUGGUAACAGUUGCCACUCUGAAGACCUCAGAGGGCAGCGGGAAGACUCAGACUCAGUGUCUGUUCCUCCGGACUGAGAAAGGAAGCUGUUUGUAUUCAGCAGCUAAGCCCAACUCUGGAGUGACAACCAGUGCAGCCUCCAGUGUGGUUGGAGGAUGGCUGCGAGGAAAGACUGGAGUAGGAGGAGGACGCAGAGACACUCCAGCUGGGCCAACUCCACCGGCACAGACUGGAGCAAACCGGGUUAGGGUGCGAUCAGGGAGGAGAUGGAGGAAGUCUGGCAAUGCAGCGGGCCGGGAGAAAACAGGCGUGAGCAGAGAGAGGCAGCAGAGGAGCAGGGAAGUUCCUGCUGGUGAAAUCGCUGUGGAAGAAAGGCAGGAAGAGCAAGACAAAGGAGGCCUGGACUGUAAACAGUUUCCCACCCCACAGCAGGACAGCCGGCGAGCCAGAUGCAGCCACAGCGUUUCUCCUAAAUCCUGCGUCCAAUGUGGAAGGAGAGCACAGAGGAGGAAAAGCCAGGAUGGACACGAGGGAGGCAUCCCGAACAGGCUGAACAGUGAGGUGACGGGAAUGAGGAAGGAAAGGCAAAAGAAUGAAGAGGAGGAUAAGGGAGGCCUCGGCAAGUUAGAGUCUUCCAGCUCUGUUUUGACUGAACUAAACCCUGACCUAGAAUCUACCCGUUCUUACAGCGACUCCCACGACAGCUGCGAUGUGGGAGAAACAAGAGAAACUGAGAGCAGCGAGGGGCAGAAGACACAAGCUUCUCAGAGCAAGGACGGCUAUUCAGAGGAACAAGAAGACAGAUACACUGAAGGAAACAACGUCACCCAUGGACAUUCUGGGUUGAUUGAUAAUUCAAGACAUAAGAACAGCAUUACUGAGAGAAAACCAAGUAAAUGCCCCUGUGAAGAAGAAGGGGCUAAUGUAAACGGAUUUUCUGAUCUCGAUGAAGCAGGUGAAGAAUCAGAGAAAAGGGCUGAGUGUGCAGAUGUUAAAGAUGAAAAGGAGAACAUCAGCGAGGCUCUUGAUGAAUUUUCCAGCUGGUGUGCAGUCUUUACGCCUGCCUCCAGCAGCACUGGAGUCUCCCUCAGUUUUAACAAGUCAGCCGCACCCAUAGAGGGCAGCGUCUGCAGUGCUGACCAUGAAACUUGUUGGGUUCAGGCUGAGCAGGAGCAGGAGAAUCACGUUGAGGGGUAUCAGCAAGAGGAAAAAGACUCUGGGGUCACGGGUGAAGAAGAACAGGCCAAUGAAAAAACCACUGUGAAUGAGAUAUUAAAUAAUAAACCUCAAUCUGUGUUUAAAAAUGAGGAGGAAGUGUUACCUUCAUCCCUCACAGAUGGAGAUCAUUCCAUCUCUGAGUCAGGCGAGAGGAUUGUGGCAGACAGCAGCAGCAAAUGUGGGACGAAAGAUGAGCUGGAGUCGGAAGAAGGAAAUUUAGAAGAGAGCCUCAAUCCUGAACAUGGAGACGAAGCUGGGGAUAUUUGGAAGUCGGAUGAAUGUAAAGAACUCACACUCAAAGAUAAUUAUGAAGGGACAGCGAUAAACUGUGCUUCAGAGGAAGACUGGCGGUUACAGGAGGUCGAAGAUGAACGCAGGAAGUGGGAGAAAGAGGAUGGAUACACCUGUGCACAAACAAGCAUCGCCCCUGUUGAACCAAGUGGAGAGACUAACAUCACUAACACUGCCUGCACCAAUCUCCCCACCUCCCCUGCGCUCUCCCAGGCUAAUCCUGCCCCUUCCCUGCCCACCCUGGGAUCCAUGGCAACCGGCCUGCCCUGUCAGGAGGAGGAGGAGGCAGUCAGUGCAACAGCAGGAGACAGAGAAGGAGGCCAAGAAGGGAAGAGAAGAGAGCUGGAGGAGCAGGGUGAGGUGGAGAGUGGCUCCACCGUGGCCACUGACGAAGGGAGGAAGGAGGAGGAGGAAGAUGAGUUUGGAGUGUUCAUGCAGGCGGAGGGAGAGCCAGCCUGGAGCGAGGAGUUCACCAUGUCUGCCUCAGUGCCUUGUGGGAGCAGAGAGAGUGUUGCACUUGGAAAGCAUGCUAUCACCAGUGAGUCGACCCUCUGGACGCCAGGCAAGACGGACAGCUCGUUCCACCAGUCAGACGACACCUGGACAGCCUUCCCUCAGGAUUCAUCAGAUGAAGGUGGAGACGUUGUGGAGCAGUGGUGGCCAGCCAGUGCUGUGGAGGAGAGGAGAGACAGACUCUCAGCCAAUCAGAACCUGGCGGCUGUCUUUGCUGAAGUCUUCCCCUCAUUUACUGGUUCAUCCUCAAGUGACUCCUGUGACCUCAGUACUGUUCCCACACUGAGCCAGCUCCUCAGAGGCGGAGCAAGCCAAGACCAGGGGCUGUUGGACAGUUUCCACGACUUAAACAAAAUGAUCGGCCAGAGAUACAAGAGAGCCAACGGCGUGUCUCGUAACCUGCUGCUGAAGACUUUACACCUGGAGCAGCCGCACACUGAAAGCAGACCUGCUUCCUGGACAGCAAACUGCCGCCUCUCCCCUGGCCUCCCCUCAGCCAAUCAGCAUGCUCAAAAUGCCGCUGCCAAGCGACGGCUGUCCUAUGACUACAACAGGAACAUCAUGGAGUAACUCUGUGGACCUCAGCUCUGGUUUGGCUGUCAGCAUUCACAAUGAAGGACUGCAGGUUUUAACAGGUUUCUCGAGGAUCCGGAUUCACAGCAUAUUAAACUAAGCACUCAUCGACCUGCUGACUCUUUGCACACUUCCUGGUUAUUUAAGCCUGAGACAGUGAGGAGAGCCGGUGUCUCCUCCAGCACCUGCUGAUGUAUACUGGGGGAGUGGUUUUUUUUAUAUCACGUGUUCAUCACCUUGUUCACUAUCACCACUACCACCCAUUAAGUAUCAACCUUACCUACUGAGAUUCUUUGGAGCAUUGUGACCUGUUACAAGGUACACGCCACCACCUUAAAGGCACUCUAAUUUUUUCCUCCUCUAACAGAAAUAGAUCUGAAGCACCACUGCUUUUUGUCUCAAGGGUAGAAUAAAUAUAAAGCAUAUAAUACUCACAUGGGGUGAACUUAAAUAAUAAAAAUAAACGUUUCUCCCACUGAAAUCACUACGUCCAGAUGAACAGAAUCAACCUUUUGUGGUAUAUAAGACAUCAUUUUACAUACAUUGGCGGCCCUGUCAGUCAUGAUUUUUGACAUGCCGGUUGUUUAGCGUACGUCUGCUGUCUCUUUAAAAGUUUGUGGUUUGUUUUUGUCGUGCAGAAAUGGAAGAGUGUAACUGGGGCAAAAAGUUUCUACCUCCAGUGUUGCUGAUCUAACAGACAAAUAAAAUUAUGUUGCACUACACUACAGUUUAAAUUUGAAAUAGAUUUUUUUAUUAAGUAGGAAAAUCCUAGUUCUGAAAAACUGGUAUUCUUCAUAUACUAUAUGCUGUGUACUGUAAGCAUAUUCAUACAAUAUGUCAGUUAGGCUGAAAGGGGAAGAACAUCUGGGGUUAUUGGUUAAGUUUCUAACCAUGAAGACACAGCUUUACUUCACACAGGGGGCCUUUAAGGCUUCUCCUUAUUUCCUGCCAUGUAUAUACUCUCACAGUGAUGGAUGCUCAUGUUGAACAUGGCCAAAGGUUCAAAUAUUGAGCCAUGUAUAUAUAAAAGUAAUUCCUGUGAGCUUAAUAUCCUGCAUAUCAUUUCAGUCACACAGGUGUGGCUGUGAGCACUAAAGCCCCACCUGCCUGUGUUCAAACCAAUCAGGUGAGGCUCUAAUACAGCUUCUUUCAGACGGAGUAUGAGCUGGGGGGCUGCAUCAAUGACCAGUGUGAAUUUUGAAUGAGCAGAACAGGUACAAGACAAACUGUGUCAACGUAGCAUUUUAAAUUACCCAAGCAUCUUUUUCCAAUCUGUGCUUUUCAGUUAUUUCAAAUUGGACUAACAAGCCAUUGUGAUGGAGGCAUACAUGUCUGUAUUAUUGAGUGCCAAGUCAGGUAAAUGGGAACUAUCAGAAAACUAGAUUUGUAGUUAUAUUUCCAGCCACGUUUUAUGAAAGUAGCAUAAAGUUCCAGUCUUCCUCCCGGAAAAGAUCUCUGGGUUUAAUUACAGAAGAAGACUCGAUGACAUGAUGCUUGUUUUUGUUCUGUAGCUCCAUUAAUGUGGUGGCUUGACCCUUUGUAACAGCUUCACUCCUCUUCAGUUUUCCUGUCUGUAGCAGAAACCUCUACAGAUGUCACCAUCGCCUGGAUUCAUGCACAUGUUCAGUAGAAGUAACAGAAAAACCUUUUGUCUAGUCGUGUCAUCACACAGAAGAUCAGAGUCAAGCGUUAUUUUUUUUCCAAAACGUAGAGCAGAUAUAAUAAUGAGUACUAAAGAAAGAUCAAGAUUGUUUUUGUUUUAAUUUUGUUUACAUUUGACAUUUUGAUGCAUGUGCUUUCAUUGUGUAUUUGCUACUGAAAAGCCAGUGACAGGAACAGGUCUCAACUUUGUUCUGGUUCCUCAGAGAAACAAGUUUGUCUUCCAGUUAGUGCCAACAGGAACACCAGAGAAAGUGCCAAUGUUUACGAGGUUACGGAAGUGAUUUCAGGAGGAAAUGUUUGUCUUGUUUCUCAAACACACUGAAGUGGACUCAAACAAAAGCAUGUGAUGUUCCACCUUUUUCUUUCUUUCUUUGUCUUUCUGUCUCGCUUCUUGUCUGCCGAAUGUCUCAGUACAUUCGUUUUAGUUCAGCGCUGUUCUGUAGUCGAGUCCACUUCAUGGGCAAAACUUGAAUUUAGCUGCCGGUCAAAAUGAUAUUUUAUGAGAAUAUUGUUCACAUUAUGUCGAUCAUGCACCGCGUUUCUAAUUUGUGGCACCUCAGAAAACUUUAAGUCGCUCUGUUGUGUAUUUCAAUUGUUAACUCUGUUAAUCUGUGAUGAAAUUCAGAAUCAGUCGUGUGUGUGUGUGUGUGUGUGUGUGUGUGUGUGUGUGUGUGUGUGUGUGCCAUUUAUACAACAUUCAAAUUCUUGAAAAAAUGGAUAUUUUCUGUUACAAUGAGGAGGAUCCAGCUGUCGCCUUGUUGACUGAUGUAAUAAAAUGAUACUGCGUGUUGGCUAAUGCUU